CACAUGGCUUGCCCAACGUGCAUAUUGGGAAAACUGGGUCCAAGCGCACAACAACGGGGAAAUAGGCGGUGAAAGACUGUUGAAUUAGCAUGGGACGGAGCGCUAACUUAUCUACCCCUCCGAAAGCCAGAGAUCCUCCACUCCUUUUCCUCCCGACCAAUUCUUCUUGAAAAACACCAUCAAUCCCAAUCCGAGCCAAACGCAAACGCUCGCCCGCCAUGGCUUCCCGUCCUCAGAACAUUGGCAUCAAGGCCAUUGAAAUCUACUUCCCCAGCCAGUAUGUCGAACAAUCUGAGCUCGAGAAGUUCGAUGGCGUCAGCGCGGGAAAAUACACGAUCGGUCUUGGCCAGACAAAGAUGAGCUUCUGCGAUGAUCGCGAGGACAUCUACUCGAUGAGCUUGACCGUCCUCUCCAAGCUGCUCAAGAACUACAAUGUGGACGUUAACUCGAUCGGCCGCCUCGAGGUCGGCACCGAGACCAUUCUCGACAAGUCCAAGUCGGUCAAGUCGGUGUUGAUGCAGCUGUUUGGCAGCAACACGAGCGUCGAGGGCGUCGACACGGUCAAUGCCUGCUACGGCGGCACCAACGCCGUUUUCAACACCAUCAAUUGGAUCGAGUCCUCGGCCUGGGACGGCCGGGACGCCAUCGUCGUUACCGGCGACAUUGCUCUGUACGCCAAGGGUAAUGCUCGCCCUACCGGCGGCGCCGGCGCCGUCGCCCUGCUGAUCGGUCCCGAUGCGCCCCUCGUCUUCGAGCCCGGCCUGCGCGGCAGCUACAUGGAGCACGCCUACGACUUUUACAAGCCCGACCUGACCAGCGAGUACCCCUACGUCGACGGCCACUUCUCGGUCACCUGCUACACCAAGGCGCUCGAUGCCGCCUACCGCGCCUACUGCAAGCGCGAGGCCCAGAUUGCCAACGGCGUCAAUGGCGACGUCAAUGGCCACGCCAACGGCAACGGCACCGCCGAGCUCGCUGUCCCCAAGACUCCUCUCGACCGCUUCGACUACGUGGCCUUCCACUCGCCCACCUGCAAGCUCGUGCAAAAGUCGUACGCCCGUCUCCUGUACCACGACUACCUCGCCGAUCCUGAGAACAAGGCCUUCGCCGAGGUGCCCCCCGAGGUUCGCGACAUGGACUACACCAAGUCCCUGACCGAUAAGGUUGUUGAGAAGACCUUCAUGGCUCUCACCAAGAAGCGCUUCCAGGAGCGUGUCAACCCCAGCAUCCAGGUGGCCACCAACUGCGGCAACAUGUACUGCGCUAGCCUCUGGGGCGGCCUGGCCAGCCUGGUGUCCCAUGUCGACGAUGCUGCGCUGCAGGGCAAGAGGAUAGCCAUGUUCAGCUACGGCUCUGGCCUGGCCGCCAGCUUCUUCUCGCUCCGAGUCAAGGGCAGCACGGAGAAGAUCGCCCAGGUUCUCGAUAUCCCCAACAGGCUGGCUGCCCGCCGUCAGGUGCCGCCCGAGACGUAUGAUGCUAUGUGCGAUCUCCGCAAGAAGGCCCACCUGCAGAAGGAUUACACUCCCGAAGGCGAUGUCUCGACCAUUGCCCCUGGUACCUACUACCUCACCAAGGUCGAUGACAUGUUCAGGCGGAGCUACGAGAUUAAGCAAUAAUUGCGUGCCGGUGCUCGCAUGGACGAGACUAUGAUAGACCCCCCCUCGCCCCGCCUGGUCCUCCUCCCGCAUUUCCUUUCAUCCUCUUGGUUUGAGGCCUAAUAGAUCCCCGGAUGCAUGCAAUUUCUUUUCGGCACUGCAAAAACGAUGAGGCACCACAUAGAUUCUUGCGGUGGGGAGUUGGUGGCUGGCGUGCUCGCCUUGCUUCGAUGGGCAGGCGGCACUUUCGAGUGACGCAAUAGGGGGGAUGUGCUCCCUCGGUUUAGAAGGUGGAGAUACUACAACCCAUAUACUUAAUGUUUUGGUCCUUAUAUUGAGCGCUCGGCUUUUCACCUAGCGACGGUGUAUAUAGGUGUUUGCUGCGGCGACUUGGGACUGCGCUUGAUACGGGUUACCUGGGUUGGGGUAGCUGCGUGGGCACGAAAGAAACAGAGAUUAUAAUUUCCCGUCUUUGAUGCUUACCCAGCGUCGUCAUCUCGGUGUGGUUGUCGUCUACGGAGGUGUUGGCUAUCGUUUUGUACACCCAAUGAUGGCUCAAAAAUGACAGGGGAUAUGUGU